AUGGGCUCAGACAUCAACGCUCAGAUCGAGACCAACAGGAACACGGCUCUCACUCUGGCCUGCUUCCAGGGACGGGCGGAGGUGGUCAGUCUGCUGCUGGACCGCAAGGCCAACGUAGAGCACAGAGCCAAGGUGAGGAGACCGGACUGUUAGCCGUCCAUAUUAUAGUAGUAUAUCAAGGGAGUCCAGAGCCAAUGUACAUAUAGGAUCUGGUGAAUCCUAACUUCAGAAUUGUCACUCCGUCUCCCAUUGACAUCAGUGCAUGACUAAGUGAUUUGAGUGAGGGAUUGGCCCCAUAUUGUACAUGUGAUGUUGACCUCCCUCUCCCCUGGUAGACUGGUCUGACCCCUCUGAUGGAGGCGGCGUCGGGGGGCUAUGCUGAGGUCGGCCGGGUGCUGCUGGAUAAAGGGGCUGAUGUCAACGCCCCUCCUGUCCCCUCGUCCCGAGACACAGCCCUCACCAUCGCUGCAGACAAGGGUCACUACAAGUUCUGUGAGCUGCUCAUCAACAGGUGGGUGUUAAACCAACCAAUCAAUCACUCUUUGUCUGAGUGGGUAUUCAUUUUGAAGCCAGGAAUUUCCCUAAAAUGGAAUGUUUUCUUUCAGUCUUUCAUUUUUUAAAAUCCUGUGUUUAUUUAUCUUCUCUUAACUCCUCCCUAUUUUCUUCCGUUCUCCAGAGGGGCUCACAUUGACGUGCGCAAUAAGAAAGGGAACACCCCUUUGUGGCUGGCGGCCAACGGCGGCCAUUUUGACGUGGUUCAGCUGCUGGUGCAGGCCGGGGCCGACGUAGACGCUGCAGACAACCGCAAGAUCACACCGCUCAUGGCUGCCUUCCGCAAGGUAGGUAAUGUCGCAGGAUGACCCUUCCCCUGUGAAACACCUGGCCCCCUCACUAUCUAGUUCCUCUACACGGCCCUGCAGUCUUCCCCCUGUCUUUACCUGAAACAAUGUUGGCCUAUUUUACAGUUAUCUCUCUCUUUCUCUCUCUCUCGCGUGUCUGUUUCUCAGGGUCAUGUAAAGGUGGUUCAGUACCUGGUAAAAGAGGUCAACCAGUUCCCCUCAGACAUUGAGUGUAUGAGAUACAUCGCCACCAUCGCUGACAAGGUAACACACCUCCCCAGGUUGGAUGAUCACUCUGUGGAUGUUGGCUGGAUAUCAUUGACUGUCAAAUGCGGCUUAGCUUGUAUAAGUAUGGCGGUGGGUUCGAAAGAUUUGAGUUUCCACUAACUCUCCAUCCCUCCCUCACUCUCAGGAGUUGUUGAAGAAGUGCCACCAGUGCAUGGAGACCAUCGUCAAAGCCAAAGACCAGCAGGCUGCUGAGGCCAACAAGAACGCCAGCAUUCUCCUCAAGGAGCUCGACCUGGAGAAGUCCAGAGAGGAGAGCAAGAAGCAGGCCCUGGCAGCCAAGAGAGAGAAACGCAAGGAGAAACGCAAGAAGAAGAAGGAGGAACAGAAGAAAAAGCAGGAGGAGGAGGAGGAGGAGGAGGAGGAGCAGAAGACGACCAAGGAGGAGGAGGAGGAGGAGGAAGACGGUGAGAUGCAGAAGCAGAAUGACUCCGCUGAGGGUAAAUUAUAUCUUGGUUUCAAUAUCUAAUAAUUUGUUCCCAAAAUGUUGAUGUUAGCAUUUGUUUGCAGUGGCUAGUUUAACAAAAGCAAAGUGUAGAUUGCAGUCACUCCUUGUCCAUAGACAGUUUUCAAGGUAAGGAAACAAAUGUCUAAUAUGUAAUAUUGUAGAACUAUCCCUUCAACUCUCCACCCAUCCCUCCCCCUCUCCAGAAGUGGACCCCCCCAUCGACCCUCCCAGUGCGACCACCACUACCACCAUCGGUAUCCCCGCCACCUCGGCCUCCUUCAGCUGUGUGUUCGGCAAGAAGAGGGCCAGUGUUGCCACAACGACCAGUGUCAACCGCAAAAGCAAGAAGAACAAGACCAAGGACUCGUCCCCCAGCGAACCAAUUAUAUGUCAGGACCCACAGGUAUUAACCAAUCAUACUGCAGGACCCACAGGCGGUUGGUGUAUUUAAAAUAGAUUCACUUUUUUAUUUUCUUUCUUAUUUUUUGAUGACAUGACUGCUAAAUAGAAUGUAGACUAGCUAAAUUCAAGGACAAGAGUGAAGCUAUGAUGUGUUUUUCUGGGUGGCUGCAAAUAUGUACACAUUUCUACUCCUCUUUUUCCCACUCAAAGUUAUACCAUCAAACCAUCUAUGCAAGUCAAUCAAGGUGUCUAAUCAGUGAUGAUUCCAUCUGUCCAGCAGGUGAUGCUGGCACAGCACAAGGCCAACGAGAUCCAUGGGGAGCCACGGGGUGGGGCCGGGGGCGGGGGGGUGACAGGGGCGGGGGGCACCAGUGACUCAGACCCCCUGGACAGCACUGACUGUGCCAGUGAGAGUAGCAGCAGCGGGGGCAAGAGCCAGGAGCUCAACUUCCUCCCGGACCUCCCCUCCUCUUCCUACUCCUCCUCUUCCUCGUCCUCCUCUUCGUCCUCUGGCCCCUCGCACAGCCUUCUGCCAGGCCCGGAAAAGAGACACUGUCCUCAGCUACACCCAGGCAACCAAGUCACCGUCUCCAUCUCCAAACCUACACAGAAGUGAGUGACCUGUAGCACUUUAAAGGAGAGACAUUUUGAGUUAGACUAAGAACUGUAGUUUUCCUAAAGGAACUGGUCAAGCACAAUCAAAUCACACAGAACAGUGCAUUUCUAAUACAAAUGCAUAGUUAAAAACAGCAACCUUAUUAAAUGUCAAUUUGACCUUUAUCCCUUUCCCUUCCUCCCCUCUCGUUCUCUCCCCCCCUCUUUCUCUCUGUUCCUCUCUCUCUGCCCAACCUCUCAGAGCUCCAGACAUGAGUGAGUUGACCCUGAGCAGCUCUCUACCGUCUCAGUUUAAGACCAUGUCUCUGCCCGUCACCUCCCCCAACAGCAAGAGCCUGACCAGCCCCAAGAGGGGACAGAAGAGAGAGGAGGGCUGGAAGGAGGUGGUCAGACGGUGGGUACACACACACCAUCCAUAAAAUCCAUCUAGAAAUGCUUCAAGUAAAUCUAUAGGUCAUUUUAGGCCAGUGGUUCCCAAACUUUUUUGGUUACUGUACCACCAACUUAAUUUUGCUCUGCCCGGAGUACCCCUGAAGUACCCACUCAUGCAUUUUACCAGUAGACCUCUGGUCUCAUGAGUCUUCUAAAGUACCCCCUGUGGAUAGACCAAGUACCCCCAGGGGUCCUAGUACCCCGGGUUGGGAACCACUGUUUUAGGCAAUAAGGAAAAGUGAGUUGUCAGCCCCGUGGCUCCCCAUGGAACUUGUCCUUCGGCCUGGUUCUAAACUCCAUAUGAACCUCUUUUUCCGGGCUGCAGGUCUAAGAAGCUGUCGGUGCCGGCCUCGGUGGUGUCGAGGAUCAUGGGUAGAGGAGGCUGCAACAUCACAGCUAUACAGGACGUGACGGGAGCACACAUCGACGUGGACAAACAGAAAGACAAGAACGGAGAGAGAAUGAUCACCAUCAGGUAGGGAGAGAGAGAGAACUGAAUAGGAGGAAAAUAUGAAUAGGUAUGUGUUGAUUUAUCUGGGGGAUUCUAAGCAUUUAAAAGGAAUGAAGUGUAAUGUCUUAUUAAUCCUCCUGCUGGAUCUCCACAAUAUCAGUGAAGAGUUGAGAUACUGUGAUUGGUUGGAACCAUGUCCAUGGAAUGUGUACAUUGUAGUGCAUCCCCUGACCCCUGUGUUGUGAUGGUCCAUUCCAGAGGUGGCACAGAGUCGACACGCCACGCGGUCCAGCUGAUCAACUCUCUGAUCCAGGACCCAGCCAAGGAACUAGAGGACCUAAUCCCCAGGAACCACAUCAGGGCCCCGGGCUCCAAGACCACCUCAGCCCCCUUCCCCACCCCCACUGGGGCUAACCUUAACCUCACCGUCGGGGCCAAGGCCCUGGGCUCCCUGGUCACGUCCUCUGGGGUCUCCUUCCAGUCCUCCUCUCAGACAGGGGGUAAGAUGGGUAAGGGUCUGUCGUCUGGGGUGAGGCAGCCCUUCCCCGUGUCUCUCCCCCUGGCCUACGCCCAUCCCCAGCUGGCCCUUCUGGCAGCCCAGACCAUGCACCAGAUCAGACACCCCAUGCUGCCCAUGGCCCAGUUUGGUGGGACCUUCUCCCCUGCCGCCAGCACCUGGGGCCCGUUCCCGGUGCGGCCGCUGAGUCCCGGUAGCGCCAACAGCUCCCCCAAACACAACGGUGGUAGUAGUAACAACCAGGCCAGAUCCAACUUAUCUAGUCAUAAUGAUCACAACACAUCAUCCACAGGGUCCUCUGUCUCCAGUCCUAGUGCCUCAAACAGUCACGCUGCUACGACUACAGGGUCACCCCACACCCCUAACCCCACUCCUGGGGCCCAGCCCAGCACCCCCACCCCCUCCUCAGUCAGGAAACAGCUGUUCUCCUCUGACCACAAGCACACAGGGGUCAACUCUGUCUCCAUGGUUACUGCCAACACUGUCAGUAGUAGUAGUAGUCACUCAGUGAGAGGUACAGGGUCUCCCGCCCACCAACACACGGGCUUAACGGCCACAAACGCCCCUAACCCUCCUCCUCAACCCCAGGUCGCCCCCAUCUCUCAGCCCCCCAAGUCACCCCCCAGCGCCCCCACUGCUCCCCCAGGCAAGGUGAAGCUGACCCCCUCCCUCUCUCAGGAGGCCCAGCCCGUCUCAGUCAACAAUGGGGUUAGUUCAGGUGGUUUCACCGCCUCUGCCAUGGCUGCCCCCUCCAAACCUGAGCCCCGCCAGCAGCACCAACCACCUCCUCCCCUAACCACCACCUCAGACCCCACUCCACCUCUCCUCCCUCCUCAGUCAAGCUCCCACCUCCCCCCAACCUCCACCACCCCCUCACACACACACCCCAACAGCACCGUACCCCACUUCUCGGCUCCCGCUCCCCGCGUCUCUCACCGCAUGCAGCCCCCGACAGGGCCCUACUACCAACACCCCGACCAGCAACAACAACCGUUCCUACCCCAUAACACACAGCAACAACAACCGUUCCUACCCCAUAACACACAGCAACAACAACAUGAGCACCCCAAACCGAAGCAGUCCCAGCCCCCCAUGCCCCCUCAGCUCCAGUCUCCUCACCACCCCCAGUCCUCCAUGGGUCUGAUGAACGGCUCUCAGAUGCAGCAGCAGCAGGUCCAUGGUGGGGCCAAGCCCCAGCAGAUGCCCCCUAACUUCGGCCCUGCAGCCCUCUUCAACCAUUUCAGCAGCAUGUUCGACAACAACAACCAGGUGGGUGCCACCACACAUUCAUUUCUACUAUUUCUAGUUUUAUUCUCAACAGAAAAACAUUUUGUUACAAUAGUGCAGGGCUCUCCAACCCUGUUCCUGGAGAGCUACCGUACAGUAGGUUUAUACUCCAACCCUGUUCCUGGAGAGCUACCGUACAGUAGGUUUAUACUCCAACCCUGUUCCUGGAGAGCUACCGUCCUGUAGGUUUAUACUCCAACCCUGUUCCUGGAGAGCUACCGUACAGUAGGUUUAUACUCCAACCCUGUUCCUGGAGAGCUACCGUACAGUAGGUUUAUACUCCAACCCUGUUCCUGGAGAGCUACCGUACAGUAGGUUUAUACUCCAACCCUGUUCCUGGAGAGCUACCGUCCUGUAGGUUUAUACUCCAACCCUGUUCCUGGAGAGCUACCGUACAGGAGGUUUAUACUCCAACCCUGUUCCUGGAGAGCUACCGUACAGUAGGUUUAUACUCCAACCCUGUUCCUGGAGAGCUACCGUACAGUAGGUUUAUACUCCAACCCUGUUCCUGGAGAGCUACCGUACAGUAGGUUUAUACUCCAACCCUGUUCCUGGAGAGCUACCGUACAGUAGGUUUAUACUCCAACCCUGUUCCUGGAGAGCUACCGUACAGUAGGUUUAUACUCCAACCCUGUUCCUGGAGAGCUACCGUACAGUAGGUUUUAACUCCAACCCUAAUCUAGCACACUUGAUUCUAAUAAUUAGCUGUUUGGUAAACUGAAUCAGGUUAGUUACAGCUGGGGUUAGAUCGAAAACCUACAGGAGGGUAGCUGUCCAGGAAGGGGUUGGAGUUAAAACCUACAGGAGGGUAGCUGUCCAGGAAGGGGGUUGGAGUUAAAAACCUACAGGAGGGUCGCUGUCCAGGAAGGGGUUGGAGUUAAAACCUACAGGAGGGUAGCUGUCCAGGAAGGGGGUUGGAGUUAAAAACCUACAGGAGGGUCGCUGUCCAGGAAGGGGGUUGGAGUUAAAACCUACAGGAGGGUAGCUGUCCAGGAACAGGGUUGGAGUUAAAACCUACAGGAGGGUCGCUGUCCAGGAAGGGGGUUGGAGUGAAAACCUACAGGAGGGUAGCUGUCCAGGAACAGGGUUGGGGUUAUAACCUACAGGAGGGUCGCUGUCCAGGAAGGGGGUUGGAGUGAAAACCUACAGGAGGGUAGCUGUCCAGGAAGGGGUUGGAGUUAAAACCUACAGGAGGGUCGCUGUCCAGGAAGGGGGUUGGAGUUAACCUACAGGAGGGUCGCUGUCCAGGAACAGGGUUGGAGAGCGCUGCCAUAGAGUAACAACAUGUUUGAAGGUUGUGACCUAAACUUCAGUGCCUACUCAUUUCGGGUCACACCUGAUAUUUUUUUUCUCUCUAUUAGGUUGGUAACAACCAGGUGUGGGGUGCGUGCCACCUCCCUGCCCGCUCCCCCCCUGAGCAGCAGUAUUCUGCCCCCCCCUCCUACAUGGGCAUGGGCCAGAUGGAUGGCAUGAUGGCCCCUCCUCCAGACAGCUCCAAGGCCCCUGGAUACCGCUCUGCCUCACAGAGGAUGGUCAACAGUCCUAUUGGUAAAAGAAAGGGCCAUGUAGAUUAGAAAAUAUAUAUAUUUGACUUUGUUUGACCUUACAGUAUAUGCCCCAACUCUCUCUCCCUGUCUUACAGCUCUGAGUCUGACCAGCUAUGCUACCAGUAUGUCUGGUAGUCCAGUGUACCUGCAGUCUAUAGGCCUCUAACUCUCUCUCCUCUCUCUGUAUGUAGCUCUGACCAGCUAUGCUACCAGUAUGUCUGGUAGUCCAGUCUAUCUACACGGCCCAGCAGCUGUGGGCACCCCCUCAUUCAGCAGACAGCACUUCUCCCCUCACCCCUGGAGCGCUGCCACAUCAGGUACUGACACAGAUGUGUGAAAAUAAAUCUAAAAUGCCCAUGAAGCUUAUUUUCCAGGAAUUCAGCACACAGAAAAUAAUUGAUUUAACUAAUACAAUUUAAGAGUUUUGCCUAACUGUCUUUUAGACUCAAAACCCCUAACCUUUAACCCCUCCUCUCCCCAGGCGAGUCCCAGGCAGUGCCCCCUCCCUCCAAGGUGUUGUCGUCUGGCCCCCCGGGCCCCCCUCCCCACCAGGCCAAGCAGGGCCAGGGCAGCAUUCAGCAGGACAGGAAGGUGCCUCCUCCCAUCGGGACAGAGAGGCUGGCUAGGAUCAGACAGACCACCGUCAACCCUCCUCUCCUCCAGACCUCCUACACCGCUCCUGUAGGACAGGGAGGCAUAUGGUCCUUCGGAGUCGGCAGCGCCUCGGGUGAGUAGUCACACAUACCAGAUGGACACACAAACAUACCAGACGGCCACACACCAGAUCAAUGUGUUCACACACAACCUCUAACCCACGCUGGUCUCUCCAUCCCCAAUGUCUACAGCCCUGAUAUACGGCUGAUGGGCAUACACACACCCCACCGCCCCCCACACACACACACACACACACACACACACACAGUGUCUCUCUGUGUCUCUCUUACCUCCUGUCUCCCUCUCCUCUAGAAGCCAUGUCAGGUUGGUCCCAGCCCCUGAUGGGCAGUCACAUGAUGCACCCUGGGCUGCAGGCGGACCACAACUUCUCCCAGUACCAGCCCAUGGAGCAGGAUGACACCGGCAUCUCUAACCCCGCUAACAACUACCACCAGCAACACAUCAACCACCCCAACAACUACAUGGACUUCCCCAAGGUAACACACACACCUUUGCAAAUGGCCGUUCCUCUUGUCCGUGUCUCCAGGGUAGGGCCAUGUCAAUAUACUGUAGUUAGUGGACCUUGUUGUCUCCAGGGUAGGGCCAUGUCAAUAUACUGUAGUUAGUGGACCUUGUUGUUUCCAGGGUAUGGGCCGACCAUGUCAAUAUACUGUAGUUAGUGGACCUUGUUGUCUCCAGGGUAGGGCCAUGUCAAUAUACUGUAGUUAGUGGACCUUGUUGUCUCCAGGGUAGGGCCAUGUCAUAUACUGAGUUUAGUGGACCUUGUUGUCUCCAGGGUAGGCCAUGUCAAUAUACUGUAUAGUGACCUUGUUGUCUCCAGGGUAGGGCCAUGUCAAUAACUGUAGUUAGUGGACCUUGUUGCUCCAGGGAGGGCCAUGUCAAUAUACUGUAGUUAGUGGACCUUGUUGUUUCCAGGGUAGGGCCAUGUCAAUAUACUGUAGUUAGUGGACCUUGUUGUUUCCAGGGUAGGGCCAUGUCAAUAUACUGUAGUUAGUGGACCUUGUUGUUCCAGGGUAGGGCCAUGUCAAUAUACUGUAGUUAGUGGACCUUGUUGUCUCCAGGGUAGGGCCAUGUCAAUAGACCUUGUUGUUGUGAUGUGUAUAAUGACCUUGUUGUCUCCAGGGUAUGGCCAUGUCGAUGUAUGGAGGGACCAUACUGCCCCCCCACCCCCCUAUGGGAGAGAGUCCGGGGGGGGGCAUAUUCAACGGGCUGCACGCUGCUGACCCUGCAUGGAGCCCCAUCAUCAAGGUGGUUCCCAACAGCUCAGACAACACCGACCCACAGCAGGUGAGACUUUAUCCACACACACACACACACACACACACAGUUCUUUUUGCUAAUGGAAUCUCCUCCUCCUCUCUCUCACCUGUUCCUCUUCUCCUCCUCCUCCUCCUCCUCAUUCAGGUGUGGCCUGGUACCUGGGCUCCUCACGUUCACCUGAACCACGUCAACUAG